CCUUCUCCAAGAAAAAAAUAUUUGUCGUUAAAAACGGCAAAUGCUGUGUAAAACGUAACUUGUAUUUUGGGAUUUAAUUUCUACCUUGAUAGCUAUCUGACACAAUGGUCGCAGUAGCGGUUAGCUGGCUAGCUAACUAACGUUACAAUGCUAUUUGCAUUGGAUAACGAUACACUUCACGAGCUACUUACUGCUAGCUAGUUAGCUAUCUGCUAGCCUCUUGGUUGCAUAACACUGCAACCAUUUGUCAUCUUCUAAAGUAUGUGUCACUGUUCAGAGUUUGCAAAUCAGGUGAACGUAGUAUUUAAUUUUGCGUGGUGCUUAAUCAACUCUUUCCAACUUUGACCACCCAAAAAUAUGUCGGCACCAAUCUAGUCAACGUUAGCUAGCUACUGCCAGUUUGAGUAACAUUGAAUGUGUAGCAGGCAGCAUUCAAAAAAACAAAUAUAUUCACUCUGUCACAACAGUAGUGCAGAAGGCUACUAGCUAUGUCAUGUUUCAAUUCCACAACACCUAAUAGGUAGCUAGCUAACAAGUUAGCUGCCAAUUUGUAAAGCUACCAUUUUACAUCAACUAGUUGUUUUUUGUCAUGGGCCUGUUCUUUAGUCAUUUUAGCAUGCCUAAACACAGUUUAGAUUAGGAUUAUAGGUAUCCCAUUUUGGUUAUGUGAAGAGAAGGAGAAAUAAGAACAACUUGGCAAUGUGAUGUGUUUUAAGCUAAGCACACACAAAAGCAGUCUACAAUUACAGCCUAGGAUUACUAUCCAGGACAUCCAUGAAUUGUGUGCAUUGAAAGACAAUGGCUUCAAGCCGUGUCAACAACAUGAAACCAAAGAACAAACAGAUGUGAGUGAAGAGGAAAAGAGAAUUGUUCCACUUCAGUUAUUUUUCCUUUUGGAUGGCGGGAGUAUAUAGAUUAAACACCACAGUGAGUGUACAGCCAAGGUACAACAGGCAGAAGAAUUGAGUGACCCACCUUCGUUCACAUGGACUGGAUUUUCUCUGAAUUUAAACUUUGCACCAGUGAAAAAUCAACAAAAUAAUUAAAAGUAGGCCUAAUGCUUUUUAUUUUUACAUUAGUGACAAUGAUUAUGAAACUUCCUCAGAAUGUUGUGUCAUCAUGGGAUGAGUGAUCAGGGGUACUGGUGCUCUCUACCCAGUUAUUCCUUCUGUGGCUGCUGCAGAGGAGAACUAGAUGUCGUAAACCAAGACUGAAGCCUACCACAUUUUGGGGGAUUUGACGCUGAACAUCUACAACUGAGAAACCAUGGGAGUCUGUCCUGCUGUGUCUAUGUUUUUCCGCAAGUGCAAGUAUAUGAUACUGUUGCUGCUCUCCGUUUCCAUCUUGGCUUGGUACGCCACUUUUUCCGGUGAAACAGUGAAAGCAAUUCAGGGAACCCUUUUGCCAGUGCAAACACUUGCUGAUAAUACUGAGGUCCUGAGUGGAGGAGAAGGAAACUCGUGGAGAUCAGUGACACAGGUCUUCUCCAAUCCUCUCCCUGACACCUCACCACCAAAACAAAGCUGUCCUGAGAAAUCGCCACUGCUCCAGGGAGCCCUAAACCUCACAUUUGAGUACUCUCUAACGCUUAAGGAGGUGGAGAGUGAGAACAGUGGAGUGGCUGAGGGCCAAUACCAGCCUCCAGACUGCCUCGCCCAGCAGAGUGUGGCUAUCCUCAUUCCCCAUCGUAACCGGGAGAAACACCUCCUCUACCUCCUGCAUCACCUGCACCCCUUCCUUCAGAGGCAGCAGCUGCACUACAGCAUCUACGUCAUUCACCAGGCUGGGGAGGUGACGUUUAACCGUGCCAAGCUACUUAAUGUUGGGUACUUGGAGGCACUCAAGGACUACGAUUGGGAUUGCUUCGUUUUUCAUGAUGUGGAUCUGGUUCCAGAGAACGACUACAACCUAUACAAGUGUGACCAACAGCCCAAACACUUAGUGGUCGGCAGGAACGCCACAGGGUACAAAUUGCGAUACAAAGGGUACUUUGGAGGGGUGACGGCCAUGACGAAGGACCAGUUUCACAAAGUGAACGGCUUUUCAAACACUUACUGGGGAUGGGGUGGGGAGGAUGAUGACCUUCGCAUCAGGGUGGAGCUCCAGAAAAUGGAAAUUAUACGACCCCCCCCUCUCAUAGCACGCUAUACCAUGGUAUUUCAUAAAAGAGAUAGCGGCAAUGAAAUCAAUAAAGACAGGAUGCGUUUGCUAGCACGGACACCUAAAGUCUGGAGAAAGGAUGGCCUUAACACCUGCUCCUACAGUACUCUAUCAGUUGAGAGGCCACCUCUGUACAUUAAUGUCACCGUUGACAUUGGCGAACCAAUGCACUGAGGCUUCAGAGCACCUCUCUUCGUUUACUGCAGUGUGUACAGGAUUAUUGAUCUGGCAUGUCCAUGCCUACAUGUUACUUACCAGAGGGUCGCAAACAGAAGGUUAGUGGCAGUAGCUGUUGACCAUAAUUCAUGUGAUCUACUCAGUUUUCACUGUAAACCAUUCCAAGCAGGGCAUGUAAAAUUGCUAGGUCCUCAUAAUGUAAGUCUGGUAGCCCUAUACAGUCAAACCUGGUGACCAGGUUCUAGGGGUGAGAGUAAGACCAAAAUAUAUAUUUUUCUCUACAACAGAGCAUUAUUUGAUUUAUCCUAGACUUAAAGGGGCAAUCGGCAAUUGCUAAAUCAAUUCAGAACCCAACAUAUAUAAGCAUAUUUUACACCAAUGUUUGUAAACAUUGUACAUGUAAAUAAACACUGUAAAUGAUAUUUAUCCAUUGAUUCUUGAAGAAUGUAACUUUUAUAAAUGCCUAAUGAGCUUAGUUCAACUGUUGUACCCCAUCAGAACCCAACAUAUAUAAGCAUAUUUUACACCAAUGUUUGUAAACAUUGUACAUGUAAAUAAACAUGGUAUAGCCUCAAAACAUGCUUAAAAAUAUAAUUUUGAUAUAUUGUAUGGUCAGUACUUUGCUCUGUCGAUUUAAUUUGAAUGUUUUGCAUUUCUCCAGGCCCGUCACUCAGCUUUUUGCCAAAAUUAGUCAGGUGGCGCUUUAUUGUUUCAACUAAGGAUUUUCCCGCUAAGAUGUGUUGUUACUUGAUUGUUUCAACAAGUUAUAUGCAUUCGAAUAGAGUAUGUUGUCAUGUUUUUGAUUCUAAAGAAUCCUGGGUGUUAGACCUGGAUUUGGUCAUUUCUUAAAAUCUCUUGUUGUCAAAUGAAAAUGGGAACAAAGAAUUGCUCUCAAUUCAUUCCUAUUUGAUGAAUGUAGUAGCUAAUAUGGGACACAAGGGACUCAUUUACAUAUAUUGAUCAUUCUCACAUGGUUCCAUGUUUAUGAAAGUAUGUUACAUUAAGAUGAAAUGUAAUUUUUAUGAGAUCUUGUUACAAUAUUACAGUGUAGAUGGCUUCAUUUUAUACACUUAUCACAAGUUUGAUAUUUUGGAUCAACAUUUUGGAUAUGCUGAUUCAAGAUUUGUAAAGUAACUCAUACUUACGUCAAAUGUGUAAUAUUGUAUGAUAAUUUCUGUUGCCUUAAAGCUGCAAUAUGUAACUUUUUGGGCGACUUGACCACAUUCACGUAGAAAUGUGUUAUCGAUCUGUCAUUCGCAUUUGAAAGCAAGUCUUAAGAAGCUGCAGAUCUGCUCUGUGUGCAAUUUCUACUCUUCCCGUUUUACUUUUGGUUUUGUACACCAGCUGAAAUUACAAUAUUUUUGGUUAAGGGAAAUCUAUUUCACAGUGGUUUAGAUGGUACAAUGAUUCUCUACACUAUACUUUGAUUGCAUAAUUUCAGUUUGAGACUAAACAAAUUAUUAUAAUUUUUGCAAACCGGAAAUAGCGGAGUGAUUUCUUCAUAGUGCAUCUUUAAAUAAUGCCUUUUUAAUAGA